GAAUCCCUCCUCUGCCACUGGCUGCACGAGCAGUCACGUGACCUCCUCUACCUGCUGCAGCGGAAAUCCAACGCACCUUUUUUUCAAAAUGGCGGCCGGUUCAAACCGCUCCACCUGACCUCCUCUCUCCUUUCUCCUCUGAGCUGCUGCUCCUCCUCUAACCUUCUCCAACAGUAAUGAUUCUGCAGCACAAACCUGCUGCCGUCACCGUUUGAUAACAAGUUGAAGUCAAAGCGCUCUGUCUGAACUUGUGGCUUCAGGUUUGUGGGGAAUGAUUGUGUCAGUGCCACAUUUUAUAUUUUAAUUUAAUUUUUUUUUGCUUUCAACUUUUCCCAAACAAUGAAACUUCCUGCAGAGGAGGAGAGCUGCUCUCCGCCAGAUCAUCAUCCUCACAGAUCCUCUCCCUUCACCUGGACCGAGAAGUGACGAGUUGUGUUUUUGUUUUGCCUCUGGGUCCAUGCAGCGCAGCUCAGACGGCAGGGUGUGAAGGGACAGGCCUUCAGUGACACCAAACCCACAUCUGACACCUGAUAAGGAGCAUGAGCGCGGCAUGGACACCAGCAGGCGUGGAGCCAAAGAUACUCGGUGGCGGCACAUUCACGAUGAGGCCUGAGAGUGCUGAGAGAGGGAGUCGAUGCAGAGAUGAGCUCCACUGCUGCAGCAGAGAGGGUUUCCAGGAGUUGAAGAAUGCAGCAGCAGGAGGUGUUUUCCUCUGAAGAUCCUCAGCUUCGUCUUUUAAGAACCAGUCUCACGGAAGCUGAAGCCACUCGGAGCUCGACCAGCGGCUCUGAUCACACCUCCACCCGGGAACCAGCGCAUGACACCACGGCUGGACUUCACUCCGUCACCCCCCCCCCUCCUCCUCCGGUGCAACUUUUCUCUGCAAACUGCUUCUUCUGCCUUAAAGUCCUGACACUAUCUGAUGUGAGACCGGACGAGGAACGAGCGCUGAACAUCUUCUCCCUCUCUCUCCUGGAUUGUUUCACAAGCUCAACUCCGGCUUCAGCGUCGUUCUCAGCGUUGUGUUGAUGAUGUGAUGUGUCCCAGCGCUCACACGUCUCACUGAGCAGACUCCGACGCGCGCUUGGUUCCAGACAUGAAUCAGGAUUUUCUCCAUAGCUACGAUCCAGUUCUCUCAUAAUGACGUCACCGCAGUGAACGACAGAAGAAAAAGAAAGAGAAUGACCGUGUCCCUGCUCUGUCAAGUUUGUUGGUGAUGGAGUAAACCUACCGAUACUGAGACUGUCUGUAGUCGUGAUGGCCGCCGCCUCUGCAGAGAAGGACCAGCCGCUCCUGCAGCUGCAGGAAGUCGACUCCAGCCGAGUGAGAAGUUGCGUCCUGUCUCCGAUCCUCAGCACGUCCUCUCCCGGUCUGACCCUCGACGGCAGCCAGCCCAUCUGCAUCCCGUCCCCUUACACGGAACUCGGCCACGACUUCGCCACCAUCCCCUUCUACGGUCCGACCAUCUUCAGCUACGCUGCUCCCAGCAUCCCAGACUGUCCCUCUGUCCAUCAGUCCCUCAGCCCGUCUUUGUUCUGGCCCAGCCACGGCCACAUGGGGCCGCCCAUGACCCUGCACCGCUCACAGGGUCGAUCCCAGCAAGGCCAGCCCAUCCAGAGUCCGUGGGGGGAGCUGACGCCACGGGACGGCGUCUUAGCAAACAGUAAGGGCGUGAGGAGGCGUUCCCAGGAGAGCGAGGACGGCGUGGUGUCGUCGGGCGGCAAGUCCGACCUCCACUACUGCGCCGUGUGUCACGACUACGCCUCGGGCUACCACUACGGAGUGUGGUCGUGUGAGGGGUGUAAGGCCUUCUUCAAGAGGAGCAUCCAAGGACACAACGACUACAUCUGCCCAGCAACCAAUCAGUGCACUAUAGACAAGAAUCGCCGUAAGAGCUGUCAGGCCUGUCGCCUCCGAAAGUGCUACGAAGUCGGCAUGACCAAGUGUGGGAUGCGAAAGGAUCACGGAAGCUACAGGAACCCCAAGACGAGGCGACUGACGCGUCUGUCGUCGCAGGGCCGAGCCAGCGGACCGAAGGCUUUAACUGGACCGGUGGUGGCGCUGAUGAACGAGCUGCAGCCUCCAGCACUGACCCCAGAGCAGCUGAUCGAGCGGAUAAUGGAGGCGGAGCCGCCUGUCAUCUACCUCAUGAAGGACAUGAGCGGGCCGCUGACGGAGGCCAACGUCAUGAUGUCGCUCACCCACCUGGCCGAUAAGGAGCUGGUUCACAUGAUCACCUGGGCCAAGAAGAUUCCAGGGUUUGUGGAGCUGGGCCUGUUGGACCAGGUGCACCUGCUGGAGUGCUGCUGGCUGGAGGUGCUGAUGAUGGGACUGAUGUGGAGGUCAGUGGACCAUCCAGGGAAACUCAUCUUCUCCCCGGACCUCAGCCUGAGCAGAGAAGAGGGGAGCUGCGUCCAGGGCUUCUCCGAGAUCUUUGAUAUGCUCAUCGCUGCCACGUCCAGGGUGAGAGAGCUCAAGCUGCAGAGGGAGGAGUACGUCUGCCUCAAGGCCAUGAUUCUCCUAAACUCCAACAUGUGCCUCAGCUCGUCCGAGGGCAGCGAGGAGCUGCACAGUCGCUCCAAGUUGCUUCUUCUUCUGGACGCUGUCACGGACGCUCUGGUGUGGGCCAUCGCUAAAACUGGCCUCACCUUCCGCCAGCAGUACACCCGCCUCGCACACCUGCUCAUGCUGCUCUCUCACAUCCGCCAUGUCAGUAACAAAGGCAUGGACCACCUCCACUGCAUGAAAAUGAAGAACAUGGUGCCUCUGUACGACUUGUUGCUGGAGAUGUUGGACGCCCACAUCAUGCACAGCUCCCGCCUGCCUCACCACGCCUCCCCCCAGCCGGAGUUCACGGACCAGGGGGAGGUUCCCGCUCGACCCGGCAGCUCUGGAAACGGCUCCUCCAACACCUGGACUCCCAGCACCUCUGGAGACGGAGGUGAACCCCAGUAGACGAAUAGAGGAACUGGCACGAGAUGAAGUUUCACUUCUUUGCACAGAGAAAUCCACAGGACUGAUGUGGAGUCGCGUGAGCUUCUCAAAUCCUUCGUUUCAGCUUUAGAAGAGAGACCAAACUUUUUGCACAGUGAAAAACCAGAGUGGAAUGAGAAGAAGAACAAAGUUAACAGAUAAUGAUCCACUUCUUGUGCAGCAGCGGGACGUUAGUAUCAUUUGCUAAAGUCAUCUUGACAGGAGAUGGCUGGAGCAGAUGCUGGGAUGUUAUUAGCAGAGAUCGAGCCACGCGAUUACAUCAGAUAUGAGCAGGAAGUAAAAGCCUCUGUCACACUUUGAUUAUUACAUUUUAUUUUGCAGAACAUCAGAGAUCUCUUAACUGUGAGUAACAGAUCUUGUGCCAGUUAAAGUUUGGUGAAUGCCUCUGCAGAGAAAUCUCCCUC